UCUGGUGGCAAACGUGCGGACUAAACAAUGAAUAAUUUAGCUGAUUCUUGACAAUUUGUUUUACGAUAAGUCGUCGUCCUGUGUGUGGAAGGGUGUGUGCCCAGCAAAAAACCGCGUGUGCUGCUUAAUGUGGUGGCAACAAGUGCAUAAACCCUAGGAUCAUCCAUUUCUUGUUUUCUGGUGCUGAACAGACUGCAAUCAUGCCUAAAUCGAUGAACGUGAGGGUGACCACCAUGGAUGCGGAACUCGAGUUCGCAAUCCAACAAACAACGUCAGGCAAACAGCUCUUCGACCAGGUUGUCAAAACCAUCGGAUUAAGAGAAGUUUGGUUUUUCGGCCUACAGUACACCGAUUCGAAGGGGGAUUUGACGUGGAUUAAGUUGUACAAGAAGGUGAUGAGCCAAGAUGUGAAAAAAGAAAACCCGCUUCAGUUCAAGUUUCGUGCCAAAUUUUACCCCGAAGAUGUCGCCGAGGAGCUCAUCCAAGACAUCACCUUGCGUCUGUUUUAUUUGCAAGUGAAGAAUUCCAUCUUGUCGGAUGAAAUAUAUUGUCCACCUGAGACGUCCGUCCUUUUAGCCUCAUACGCCGUACAGGCCAGACACGGAGAUUACAACAAGACUUUGCAUUCGGCCGGCUUUCUCGCCAACGAUAGACUUUUACCCCAAAGAGUUAUGGAUCAACACAAAAUGUCCAAAGAGGAGUGGGAACAGAGCAUCAUGACCUGGUGGAAGGAACACCGUGGCAUGCUUCGCGAGGACACGAUGAUGGAGUAUCUGAAAAUCGCCCAAGAUUUGGAAAUGUACGGCGUCAACUACUUCGAAAUCCGUAACAAAAAAGGGACGGAGUUGUACUUGGGCGUCGACGCCCUAGGCUUGAAUAUAUACGAAAAAGACGAUAGAUUAACCCCAAAAAUCGGCUUUCCUUGGUCGGAAAUCCGCAACAUCUCGUUCAACGACCGCAAAUUCAUCAUUAAGCCCAUCGACAAGAAGGCGCCAGAUUUCGUAUUUUUCGCGCCUCGCGUUCGAAUAAACAAACGAAUUUUAUCUCUGUGCAUGGGAAAUCACGAGUUGUACAUGCGCCGCAGAAAGCCCGACACGAUCGACGUGCAGCAAAUGAAGGCCCAAGCUCGCGAGGAAAAACUAGCCAAACAGCAACAAAGAGAGAAGCUCCAGCUGGAAAUCGCGGCCCGCGAACGCGCCGAGAAGAAGCAGCAGGAGUAUGAGGACAGGAUCAAGGCGAUGCAGGAAGAGAUGGAGCGCAGCCAAGCCAACCUCCAGGAGGCGCAGGAGAUGAUCAGACGCCUCGAGGAGCAACUCAAGCAGCUGCAGGCCGCCAAGGAGGAGCUCGAGAAGCGGCAGAACGAGCUGCAGCAGAUGAUGGAGCGUCUGGAGGAGAGCAAGAAUUUGGAGGCGGCCGAGCGCCAGAAGCUGGAGGACGAGAUCAUGGCCAAGCAGCUGGAGGUGCAGAGAAUCCAGGAGGAGGUGGAGGCGAAGGACAGCGAGACCAAGCGUCUGCAGGAGGAGGUGGAGGCGGCGCGCCGCAAGGAGGAGGAGCUGAAGGCGCAGCAGAUGGCGAACGCCACCAAGGGGCACUUGGAAGAGAACAAUCACGACGAGGAUGACGAGUUGGUGAAUGGGGAUGUGAGCAAGGAUUUGGCUACGGAUGAGAAUAUCGUGGAUCCGGUGGAGGAUAGACGCACGCUGGCCGAGCGCAACGAGCGUCUGCACGAUCAGUUGCUGGCGUUGAAGAAAGACCUCGCCCAGUCCCGAGACGAAACAAAAGAAACUGCCAUGGACAAGAUCCACCGAGAGAACGUGCGCCAAGGCCGAGACAAAUACAAAACCCUCCGCGAGAUACGUAAAGGCAACACUAAGCGUCGCGUGGACCAAUUCGAAAACAUGUAAAUCAGUCAAUUUCUCAACUAAAAUAAGUUUGCUAAAUCAAAAUUCCACAAUUAAUUAUUAUUAAACAACCUUUCAAUGCUCAAUCCGAGAGAUCAUGUUAUUAAAUUUAAGUUUGGUUUACUUACAUUUAAGUCCCUCUGUAAGAUAAGAAGUGCUCAUUUAAGUGGCCUUAGAAUUUUGAAAUCUUAGUUCCAAUAUUUUCAAAGUCUUGUUUAUUUUGUCUGUUGAAAGUAAUUUUUGUUAGUAGAAAUGUGAUAUGAUAUAUAUAUAAUGAACGAAAAAUCAGAUCUGUUAAUGUUCGCGACUAUUCAUUUCAUUUGUUAUUUACAACUUCUAACAUUGCUUAAACGCAUUCCAAGUAAUGGUAGUUAUCUUCUAAUUUUAGUGCCAUUUGGUUAACGGGCUACACAAAACUAUUAAUCUUUUUAAAUAAGUUGGAAUAUCCGAAUUGAUCCCUUUUGAUACUACCGUGAUUGUAAAACAUCGUGCACGUUUUAUUGGCCUGGUGCUUCCUUAUUGUGUAUAUAAAAGUUAUACAAUUCGUUUUUCUACUUACUGUAUUUUUUUUUUUAUCGAGGUUAUUAAAAGAAGGUUUUACAUAUUUUUUCUACAAUACUUAUCUUUGCGCUUGCAUAUCAUGGUGUAACGCGAAAUGUGUACAUAACGUUUAUUUUAAAAACCAAGAUGCCUUUAUAGAUAGGUUUGGAUGAUAUUUACACUGUAGUAUUCGUCGGUAAUCGAGUGGGCAAGGAAAGUAACUAGGAACGAACGUAAUUAAUCCAUAUUUAAAAGGAAACAGUUUCUUUUAAUUAAUUAAUUAUUUAAGUCAACCAAUCAAAAUUCGCAAAUGUUAAAAGCUGUUUGCCGUUGGUUUUAUUUUACAUUUAUCUAUAUUUAUCCUAAAAUCACUUGUAUAUUGUACAUCUUGAACUACACUCGUAGUUUUUUUAACAUUUGUAUUCUUCUUAGUUUGAGUUAUGUACUAUUAGAAUAAUUAAUAAAGAUUAUUUGGAAAUGA